AUGGAGGAAGAGCUCAAGAACUUCAUCAAGGUUUGGGUUUCAGCAAUAAUCUCCGUAUCUUAUUGUUACUACUUAUCAACCAGAAUCAAAGUUGGAGUCUUUCGAUUACUCUCAGUUCUUCCUGUUUGUGCUCUGUUUCUUGUUCUUCCUCUGUUUUUCUCCUCUGUUCACUUCACUGGUUUCACUGCUUUUUCUCUCACAUGGCUGGCCAAUUUCAAGCUCAUCCUCUUCUCCUUCGACAAAGGUCCUCUUUUCCCAGCUCCCCCUAAUAUAUCUCACUUCAUCUGCUUCGCUUGCUUCCCCAUCAAGCGUCAACAAAACCCUAAAUCCCAAAACCAAUUGCCCAAAUGGGUAUUUCCCAUUAAAGUUGCGAUCUUUGGUGUGUUGUUGCAUACUUAUGAUUACAAACACUAUCUGUCUCCGACUGUGCUAUUAUUUCUUCAUUGUCUUCAUGUAUACUUGGAGUUUGAGAUUCUCUUAGCUCCCAUUAAACUUCUGCUCAGUAUCGCUCUUGGCUGCGACCUUGAGCCGCAGUUCAAUGAACCAUACUUAGCCACCUCUCUUCAAGACUUCUGGGGUCACCGGUGGAACCUCAUGGUCCCGGCGAUCCUCCGUCCGGCCAUAUACCUACCGGUACGACGAAUCACCGAGCGGAAAGUGAACUCCGAUCAAGCUUUGUUCUUGGGAGUUCUCGCCACUUUUCUUGUCUCCGGCGCAGUUCACGAGUUGAUUUUCUUCUAUUUUACCCGUGAGUCACCUACAGGAGAAGUCACUUGGUUCUUUGUAUUACAUGGAGCUUGCACUGCCGUGGAAGUAGCUGCGAAAAGGACGAGCUUUGUGCGGCGGUGGAAGAUGAAUCUGAUGGUUUCACGACUGCUGACGUUGGUGUUUGUGGUUGUGACCGGUGGUUGGUUGUUUUUCCCUCAGCUCACAAGGAGUGGUAUGAUCGAGAGACUCUCUAACGAAGCCCUUUUUUCCAUUGAUUUCUCCAGGCACAAGUGUUUUCUUACAUUUGGAUGAAAAAAAUUCGCUAAAACUGUUGAUUUAUGUUUAUUGUAGCUAAAGAAUCAAAUCAUGUAAC